AUGAACGGCCAAGAAGCUGAAGUCGCUCGCCAAAACUCCAUGAAAAUCAAGAGAAUGAUUUCGGACCGCUCAGGUAAAGACAAUCUUGAAGCUUUUUUCAUCUGCGUCAUGCUAUCUCUGCAGUAGCUCUCGGAAAAUGUUUAUAGGAUUUUACCCUCUGCGAUUCGUUCAAUCAGCGCAAUUUGUCGCCCCUGACACAAUUAGUGCAACUUUUCGCUCUUUCCCUGAAGUUCCAGUGCUUUUAUAGACAAGUUUGCUCAUUGCUUUCAACACUCGCAUUUAGAAAUUUAGGGCUUGAUGUUCUUAAUCUGGGCAAAAAAGAUCACAACUUGCAAUUCUUAUAAGUUGUAAACAAUCAAAGACACAUUACAAUGCGUAUCUCAUCAUUCUUUAUUAUUUCAUAACUUUUAAUUCACAGGCUCGUUGCCUUUACGUCAACAAGUUUUAACGAGAAGGCUCCUGCUAAGUUGUUAAACUUUAAACAACAUUUCACAAUUAAGGACCAAUAACUUUGUGGUGUUCAAGAGGGAAAAAUAAUAAGAUCUAUUUAGUACUUUAAAACUUGACACUCUUGUGUUCUUUACCAUAUUCAACCUUAAAUUUAAAUAAGUUUGCUACAUCCUUUAAACUUAGCACUGAACAUUUAAAGGAUGUGAGCAUGUUUUCAGAUUUCAACCGAAAUGUUUACUAGGUAGACAGUUGACUCAGGUAUUCAUAGAGCAGUAAUUAGCACAAAUUUUCGCCGUGUUUAACUGUCUACGCUGCAAGAUAUGCAUGGAAUGCUACGUAUGGCUAUUUCGAUAAACAAAUCUUAUCAGGUGGUUAAAUUUUACUCAUAAAACGUUACCAGCUAAAGAGGAAGCGAGUAAAUCAAAGCUUCACCUUUUCUUAGAACGGUAUUCUUGAUGGCUGUAUAUGUAGAUUUUAAUUUCGACAAAUAUGGAUUCACUUCAUCAAUACAUACGAAUAUUAAAAAUAUGCUAACCUGUGUAAUGAAGUGAGACGACUGUUCAUCUAAUUACUCUUGAUAUUUGCAUUUUUACUCAAUGAAGGGUUUAAAGGAAAAGCAAAUCAAUCGAAAAUCAUUUUACAAGGCAAAUAGAAAAAGAAGGAUUCGAUACAGUCUGUUAACAAGGAGGAAAACGAUCAUGAAGAUUUGUCAAAACUGUUAACGUAAAUAUAAAUUUGCUUUUAAUUGAAAAAUAUUUCAGUGUGUGUAGAUCUAAAAUCGUCGCCGACGAAAAUGUUUUUAUCAAAAACGCUAGAAUACUGACGGAAACUUAUCAUAACAUAUUUGACGUAACAUCAUUCCAGAACUAUAAAUUUUCCGUGUUUGCCCUGAAUGGAAUAAUCACAAUAAUGAAAGGGGCACUUGAGACCACUUAACUCUGGUUUCUUUCCAUUAUUCUAUCAUGGCGUAAGCUGAUCUACUUGAAAAAAAAAUAAUGUUAACCUGGAGUGAAAAUUAAGAGAUAACAUCGGUUAUAUUUAGAAAGUGAUACUGAAAAUCAAGGAACUUCAACAACAACUGUUUAAAUCUUAAUAAUAUCAUAAUAAUAAGUGUGUCUAACACUUUGCGACUUCCGAUAAAGACAAUUUGUAAUCAAUGCAAUGUCUUCUAGUCUCCAAUCGAUAUUGGACGUAAUCACAAUUAUCUUAUGAAGCAAAAGUCUUUUUUCAUGUUUGUUUGCCAAAAAAAAGAAGAACACUAUAACGUUAGGCUUUUUCCUUUCUACUUUCCUAUUAUGACGAGGCCUUCUUUAUGUAAAGUUUGGAUAGCGAUAGAAACACGGAGACUGGGAUAUCGAGGUCUUACAAAAAAUCUCACUUGAUAUUCGCGUGGAGAAUAGAAUGGUAAAUUCGAGAUUUUCGUAAAGGGCACGCCUACUAUAUAAUGCGUAGGACAUCCUUCCUUUUUCUUACUGAAACACAGACUCAAAUACGUCUUCUAACAGACAAAGAGACUGCGAACAUAAAAGUUAAUUUAAACAAAAUUCUUUGGAAAAGAGCAUAUUUCAAAUUAGGUCAUGAGCAAAUUUAAAAAUUAAAUGAAGCAACGCAGCUUUCUUGAGUGAUAAAACAAACAAACAAACAGACGAAAGCAAACACAAAAGAGAAAACAAAAAGCAAAGUCAAAAACCAAGCAAAAACAAAUAAAUGAAACAUUUCUUAAAAAAACACACACACACGCACACAUUCACUAGCACUUUUUUAAUGCAACCCAAUAUUGUUGGGACUAUCUUAGAAUUCCAAAAUCCUAAUAUUGAUAUCUUAAAUAACUGCUUUUACUGAAGGUGAGAGGGAAACACUUCAUAGGAAAACUUUUACAAAAUGGGUAAACGCAAGACUCGCUCAGGUAAGGCAAACUCUAUCUUACUUUCAGAAAUAUAUUUGCUUGUUGAAAUAAAUUCAAUUUUCACUGAGCUAGCCUCUAGUUAUUGUAUCAUUUUGUUUGAGCACAUUGAGUAAAAUGUCGCAAGGAUGCUGUGGCAAACUUGCGUUCAAAUUGCUUAAAUUAACUCAAGUGUAGGAAAAUGCAAUGUCAAAGACGGCACUGCAUGUAGCUGUGAAUCUGAGUUGACGCGAAGACGGAUUUUCUCAGCCAGAUUCGAAGUGUAGUGGGCCGCACUCUGCUCAUUAUUUUUCACUAUAUUUCACUGUAUUUACUUACCAUGCUCUCACCCUUAUCUUCCCACAGCACGAUCCUCCCAUGGAAAUCAAAGAUGUUGUGGUAGAUUUUAUGGACGGGAAGAUGUUGCUGAACAUGAUGGAGGUUCUUUGUAACACAAAAUUGGUAAACGCAAGCGAAAGUUGUCUGUUUUUAGGAUCUAACCCGUUUAAAAUCACCACUCAAUUCGUCAAAUAGUAUAACUAAGAUUUGUUAUUGGCAGUUCAUUUUCAGGAAAUUUUAUGAAUUUUGAAAAAUUCUGUCAUCACCCUUGUUGUUCCACGCUUGAUACAGUUUUCUAUAGAUUUUUGUAACAGUCUAGCUGACAAAGGUCAAAAGAAGGACUGAAAUAUAUUUUACACUUCUUGAUCGUGUAGUCUAAUCUUCCGGGUGAGGGUAGUCCUGAGAGGGACUUUUGUCGGUAGUGGGGACGGACGUUUCGAAAUUCGACAACCUAAGGGAAUGUCAUCGUCAGCGUCCAGUGAGAAGUUUUUGUCAGUCGAUUGUUGUAAGUCCGGUUCGUGUACACUGAUUGUUCAGUUUGGCCAGGAUGUUAUUAGCUGUGAGACUCAAGUGGUGUACUUCGAUCGUGAUUGGUCAGUUUUGAUCCGUCGGAAAUAAUUUUUGACAAACCAAAACUGAGUCUUAGUGGCUACGACCUGACCUCAGUAUACGCUUUUGUUUCAAUGUUGCUGUUUCAGAAAAAAGAGAAAGGAAACUUGCGUGUCCAUAAGUUGAACAAUGUUGAACAAGCUAUGAAAUUGCUGGAGAAGCAGAAGGUAACAAGACCGUGCAUUUCUUUUGUUCAUGCUCAUACUCCUUUUCAGUCUAGUUCUUAUCUGUGAGUCAUUAACGUAUUUAGCUCAUGAUGUGCUGCAGCAGCUGUGAUAGGUUUGCUGGAAAGGGUAGUUGGAGCAUUUCUGCCAAGCUGCGUUUUCUUCCUUUUUUUUUUAAUGUUACAGUCAGUUGGCCAUUACAUAUACGUGAACCACUAACUUCACUAUGAUAUUAUGAUUCUUAAGGUUAAACUGGUUGGGAUCAAUGCCUUCGACAUUGUGGAUGGAAAACCUCGUGUAAUUCUUGGUCUUAUGUGGAGUGUAAUUCUUAGAUUCCAAGUAAGAACCUCAUAUGCAACUUAAUAUUACCACUGAAUACACUUAGUAGAUAGAAUGCGAGAGCAGGUUACAUUGACUUUUGUUUAAGUCCUUUGUAAGAGCUAAGUACGCUUUAUGCGUUAUUUCUUCAUCAAGAUAUUACGAAUAUUUGCAUAAUGAAGAAGACUGUGGGAAUGACAAAUAUGGCUUAUUUUGAAUCACCGAUAGCAUAGUAGUUGUGGAAAUGUGGAGGUCAUCUCUGGUUUAAUCGAUAAUGAUGAGGGCAAUUAAUUAAUUGUUCCCAAGAGGAUUGCUCGUUGCUAACUAAGCCUGAGGAAAGCCUGCACAAUCUUAUCUAAGAAAGGUAAAGUGCUGUCAGAUGGAUAAUAAUUGAUUAGUUGUUGAAGGUCGGUAACACACGUGCCUUCCUAAAAACAGAAAGAAAGUAAUAAAUUUUAUUUUUGACCUGGUAGGUCCAAGAGGUUAUGCAGGAAACGGUAACGGAGGAGACAGCGAAAUCAUUCAAUGUCGAAAAGAAACUUCUUGAUUGGUGCAAAGAACGCUUGAAAGGGUGAGUAGGAUGCAAUUGAACAAGUUCCUUGUAUAUUCUCAUUAAUCCUCGAUGUUUUUAAACCUUUUCUUUCUAACUAAACAAUCUUUUCGAAUUUAGGUAUGAGGAAUACGUCACUAUCUCUGAUUUUUCUUCAAGCUGGAGGGAUGGCCUGGCAUUCAACGCUCUUGUUCAUUCAUACGGGUACGAAAAAAUUGUGAUGCGACUUAAUCAACACACACAUAAAAAAACAAUUACUUUGUAUCUGGAAAUAACAAAAUUUACUGUUCUCUCAGACCUGGAUUGUUUGACUUUAAUGCCAUCGCGCAGUCAUCAACUCGAACCAGAUUGGACAACUCCUUUAAGAUGGCAGAGAAGCACUUCGGAGUUCCACGCUACUUAGACUCGACAGGUUUGUGAUGUUUUCGGAAAGUUCCGCGUGGGCCUUUCCUACUAGUGUCGUCUUUUUGUGCGGAAGCUUGCGAUAUGAAAUCGGGGUGGUGAUAUGGAUCAUUUCGCUGCAAAAUUUGAACGUAAGGCCUGGUCCAACCCUAGAGGGUCCGAAUCUUAUAAAAAGAACAAACAAACAAACAAAAAACAGGUUGAAAUUCUAUACUUCAUGUCACACCCGCGAUGCAAUGAACUUUAUUAUAACGUAAACUGUAACAUCUUAUCAUUGAGUAGUAGCCUUCUUGGCCAAAAAAACUUGUUUUGAAGUUUUAGAUUUAACGUAAGGACAUUCAAAAAUAUAUUGUUUGGUUUACUUAUUAACUGAUUGAACGAUAUUGUCUUAUCAAAAGGCUAAAAACCUUAUGGGAAUGACAUCAUUCCUUACGGUUACCUCGGAGACGAUAGGUUGACUCAAAGUAGGAAUACAUUUAGUGAGUUAGUUGAUUGAAUCAAUGUCAUAAAUUAAAAGAAAUGUAAUCACAAACUGUAAUCUCUUACCUGUCGGCAUGUUAGCCUGUAAUAGUUUUAAAACUUUACAGAUAUUGACGUUGAAAAGCCGGACAAGAAGCUAAUUAUCAUGUACUUAACUGAGAUGUAUAACUAUCUUGAGGGAAACAAGGCCAAAGAAAGGGUAAGAGGAAAGAGAAUUAUUAGAAGAUCGAAUUUCUUUUUCGGGAAGGUGGUAAAACAAAGUAACACUUAAAAUCUCAGGCUUAAAUUGGCUGUUUGAUAUAUUAUCUUUAAUUUGCAGAAAGUUUCGGUAAUGAUGGAGAAUCCUUGCAUAGUCGAUAACGUGGAAGCUGUGGAGGGAGCCUUGAACGACAGCUUUGAUAAUUUGGACUCUAAACCAGCCUUCAGGUAUGGUUACGACUACACCCUAUGAUAAAAUUGAGGGAAGAGAAAACAAUAUUUGGAAACUUGCAGACUGAAGCAGGACAUAAAAAGCGCAGUUGCAACAUAUUGGUUGAUAAAUCUAACUGACGAAAGGUGCCGAAGAAGUAGGAAAAACAAAAACACCAGCCUCCAUUUCCAUGCUCUCCACUAGCAGAGGAUACAGUAGGUGUAUAAAGAAAGAAGUGACUUUGAUAAACUUUGGCUAUUAGCGAGGAGAUCUUUGCCGAAUAAUUGCUUUCAAUCUUCCUCCCACGGGAACAUUCCGAUAUUUAAGACAUUCACUUCAAAAUUUAAUCGCACAAAAUGUUUUCUACUAUAACUAAUAACUAAUAGUUUCGUUUUCUUAGCCAAUCAGAACACGAUAAAGCAGUUGCAGAUCUUGGCAAGAAAUUGAAUGAGGUGGAAAGUGGAUUGUCUCACGCGGAGCAUACCAAACCAGUUUACGAUGAAAAUGAUUCAGUUAAUUUGGAGGAAGUAACUAAACAGCUGGAGGAACAAAAGGUUGAAAAAUUGUUUUCCUGUAAGGCAUGAUUUGCUGACCAUUCAUCAUGGCAUCUCUCUCGUAAAGGUUCUUAAGAUGGAGAGAUGAGCUAUCUAUUUUUAGUAACUAAUCCUAGAGUUUCAUCGCAUCAGUUAUUGUUGUAGGGCUAUCUGAGUUUCAGCAGUAACGUAAUGGACGCCUUUUUGCCAAAACUGGAAAUGCUGAAGGUGCUUUUCCUCAACAACAACUAAAGAUAAAUCCUUGUACAGAUGAGGGUCUUAAAGGGGUUAACUUUAAGCUGUAGAAAGACCAACGAAUUUAGCCAUUAAACAUACAAAAUUAUCGUAUUAUAACCAUUAGUCGUCAAAAAAGUUAUCCGUGAAAAUGUUUCCCUCCUUAAAUGUGUCAUUUAGGUCAACCGUUAGCUGUAAUAUGGCCAAGAUUUUAACCGUUGCCGUAAUGCGAUCACCCCAUUGAGAACCUCACAGAAGUGAACUGUAUUUUUUAACGAACUAUUUUUUUUUUGCUCAUUCAUACACAGAAAUUUCGUCAAGACCUCGAGCCACUUAAGUCUCACACUUAUGAAGUUUUGAAUGAAGGACGGUCCAUGAUAGGGGAAGGAUACUUUGAUUUAGGUGAAAAGGAGCACUUCCAAGACCGGAUGGAUAAUGUCGAUAAAAGGUUGCAAAACCUUCUAGAGCAAUCUAAGAGAGAUCAGGACAAGUGAGUUGUUUAGGGAUUUGAUUUUUAGAACAUACGAAUGACAUUGGUUAUAUAUGUUUUACUAUUCAUUAGAAUUGAUCGAAGGGCUGAGUUGACAGUUAUUUUCGAAAACGAUUAGGCAACACCACCUUGACAUAGAAUACGUUAGAAAUGAAUCAAACAAGCUAAAUUUUCAACUCAGUUGUUUGCUGGUGUUCUUUGCCAUAGGCUUUCACAGCAGAGAUCUGUUCUUUUGAAACAACAAUUAAACAAAAUGAACAUAUGGUUGAAAAAGGCCAAGCAAAAGAUGGACGCAGGAGACGACAUUGGCCCUACCUACGAAACUGUUAAAGAGCAGUUGGAGGAACAUCAGGUAAUUGUCAAAUGUCAUCGUGUUUCACGGUGGUAUUCAUAUCCUUGCGAGAUAGCAAAUAACACUCCUGUACUCUUCUAGAAGUGUGUAACGUGGGAAAGAGUAAGGUAUCGAUAGUAAAGACAAGCUCGCUGCUGGAAACACGUAAUUUUGUUGAUAGAAAUAUGUUGAGCAUGUCGUUUCUUCAUGACCUUAGAAAUUUCAAGAGGGAGUUGGUGACAUGUCUUUAGUGGCUUCAGUACUUAGGAGUGAUUUAACAGACCCAGAUUUGGAUGACAAAACUCGAGAACAAAUCAAAAAUGUGAACGAAAGGUGGGCGACGGCCUGGAACUGGAGUGAGGAUCGAAACCAGAAGCUAACUAAAGCAAUGAUCGAUUGGCAGAAGUUUCGAGAUGAAGAACUUAUACUUCUAAACUGGCUCAGCCAGAAAGAAAAAACUCUUAAAGAAGUAUCGAACACUGAUGUUGCCGACGAACAACAAGUUAAGGAAAGCCUUGAACUUCUCGAGGUAAGGAUUACACCUAGUUAAAAGUGUUCAAUGGUAGUGCAAUUUAUGAACGCCCAGUUGGUUUUUGAGAGAUAUGAUUUUCCUUCGGAGGAUACUCCUUUGCCACCAAUUUUUCCUAACUUGUUUUUACUCUUCCCCAAGCAGCAAAAUACUGAACGCGAUUGUAUCAGUCACCUGUUUACUUUGAAAUAAUUUUGGGAGUCAGUCCCUAGAGGUGUAAAAUGCUACCCCAUGAAUAAUGAUCCAGUUUUAUCAAUUUUACGAAUGUACCAACAGGCAACUCAAAAGGAGCUUGAGGAACAGGAGGAAAGACUGCAAAGGCUCCGUCAACUGGGGAAAGACCUCAUUGAGGAUUCUGGUCGCGACGAAGAAACAACCAAGGAAAUUGAAGCACAGUUACAAGACUUUGACGACUGCUGGAAUCAUGUUGCCAAGAGAGUCAUUGAUGAGAAAGAAAAGGUGCGUAAAACGUAUAUAUUUUACUUAUUGCUAGUCAGUCUUCUAAUAUGUUAGCCACAUUGUGUGGAACUUUGUUGUACCUAGUUUAACCAUGAUGAUGUGAUCGCAACAACUCUGGGAUUAAAUCUCUUUGCCGGAGUUCCCCGAUAUCUCUACUGGUAUUAUCACAGAUUUAUUCAGAGUUCAGAUGAAAUUUUGCAGUUCACGUAUACAUGAGCAAAACAGAGUUAGUUAUAAGUUAUUUGCACCUUCUGGAAUCAACAGAAGGGCUAAGGAGAUCAUAGGGUAAAAUUUCUAUAUUGUGAAGAGCACAACAACAGACGGAUUAAACUAGCUAUCUAAAUUGGCCACGGUGAAAAAAAGGUUAAUAAAUGAACUCUAGUCGGGCACAUGAGAAAAAAUGCCAAGAUGGAUGGGGGUGAGUCACUAUGUCCCCUCCCACCCACCCGCCGUUUACUUAUUGAUCUAUUUAUAUUCUCCUCCGCCUAGUUGAUAAAUACUCAAAACAAAAUGAAGGAGAUGUAUGACCUAAUGGAUUCUGUAAAUCAGUGGGUGGAUGACGGUCAAGCAUUGAUAAAUGGAUACAAAGAAGAUUUGCCUUCUGACGAGCAAGAGAAUCUUAAGAAAAGAGCUCAGGUACUUCACAAAUUGUGUCACAUUUCAUGCGAGGUACUUAAUAGGAUAACGACUCCUCACUCCUCACUCGAUUAUGCGGACUUACUUCUCUGGUUUCAUUUUUUUUUCACGAAUAUUAAUAAGUCACAUUCGAGAUCAUCGAAAAUUUUUUUCCCAUCAAACAGAGAGGAUGUACUGAAACAUCAUUGACGCUAUGCUAUUAACGCAGCCUUAAAUAAUGAUAGAUCAGAGACGUGCAACGUUGUAGCUACUUGAACCAGACCGAUUUAUCUUUGGCAAAAAAAUAUCUGAAACUUCGGAAAUGGAAUGCAAAAAUUAUCUCCAGCAGUUUUUGGACCGCUCUAUCCAUAUUUUUUCCUUUUUGCUCUUUUCAAAGAUGACUUUAAGCUUUAAUUAUUAAUACCAUCAUUUUUUCUUUCACUAUUAUUUUUCCGAUAUUUACCUUUCUUCUUCGUUCUAGAUUAAACUAGAGGAAAAGACAGCUAUGCAAGUCAAAGUAGAUCGUGUCAACCGGCUUGGAAAAGACGUAUGUGAAAUUCUUGACGGACCUUCACAGAAAGCCGUCAAAGGAGAACUGCAGCAAUUCAAUGACCGCUGGCAGGAUGUGUGUGCAGCAUUGGAAAGCUACAACGACAAAGGAUACCCAGAUGUUAAUGGAAAUGAGUGCUGUGUUGUCAGAAUCAUUAAAAGAAAGUUUAAAUCUCUCUCAUAGAAUGAUAAAGAAAGCUAAAGCUAAUGGAUAGCUGCAGCAGUUUAAUCACAUUAGGUUAGAUUAAGAAAAUUAUAUGGAGCAUCAUCGGAUAGAAUGUAAACUUGAACAACCGCAAAAUUCCGACAAAAAUUUAGGAAAACGAAUUACGGGAAAGGGGAAACGUGUUCUCUCAGACCUUCAUCACGGGAUGGACAUGAUUAGUCACUAGGAAUUAAAAAGCUUUGUUCUAGCGCGUUUAGCCUCGUAGAGGAAAAUCAUUUAAAUUUGUUCAAAAGUUUAAAAGGGUCAACGGGUGAAAAGGGCCUUCUUUUCCUGAACCGCAUAAUAUAACAUGGAUAAACAGAACUCUGGGAAACGAAACUGUGACCCUGAUUUGUUUUACCUUUCAACGACACUAAGAUUCAAGUUCGUGUAGGCAGGGCUUCAUAGUCAUGUGUGAGGGAGUAAGUUGCAAUGUCAGCUAAUAUAAUCACAAGUGUCUCUGUCUCAUUAUACUGAAAGAGUUGUUUCAGUAAAUGGAUUCAAAAGAUGUAUACAUACGCCACGCAUUUGUUUGUAGGGAAAUUAUUAAAAAUUCGUUUGUUUCUAAUUAAAUAUGGGAUAAUAAGAAUAUACAGAUGUAUACGCCUUAAAUGCUAAAAUUGAUUAAUCUUAUUGAAAAUAUCGCAGGGCCGCUGCACAGACAAUUGCGUCAAAAGCAUUGAGCUAAUCAAACGGUUGUAACAAUCCAAUUUUGAGCGAAUAAAAGGUUUCUUUAUUGUAUCAUAUAUUCCAGUUUUUUUGGAACUCUGUAUUUUAGCGUGCAAAACCUUAACUAUGAGUAUGUAAAGCAUGUAUAUUCAAGUGAGAAUAAAGGGUCGAUUAUGGCGC